AUGACGCUGCCUAUCGACUCCCUAGACCCCGCCACCCUCACACCUCCCUCGGGAACGCUCUCUGUCUUCCUCAUUCACGCCCCCCACACGCCUCUCAAUCUCGAGCUCAACAGCUCCCAGGAAAUCCACUGCCUCUGCCGUCUCUUGCAGCCCUCUGCACACUCCCUCGCAAGCCUGGGCCUUGGGCUCAAGGAACCACUCGGGGGAAUCAAGCCUAUCAUUAAGGAGAAGCACCUGAUGAAUCCGGCCUUUCUCGAGGAGUUUCAGCAGCUGCAGCGGCUGAAGCUGGGUCGCGGGACCUGCGUGAAAUCGCUCUCGCCUCCUCCAGCCAUGUCCCCCCCUUCGCCCUCGAUUUCAAGUUCACUGCUCUGCUUUGAGAAGCAAGUGCUCCACCUCCGCUGCGCCCUGCCUGCCUCUUUGAAGUCCUUCUCGGCCACUGCGGCGUGUCUCAACGUGGAUUGCACUUCCCCCAGCCCUCCCUCUCUCGACUCGCUCUCUCUCAUUGGCUACUCGCAGCUCCUCGUUUCCUCGCUCCCAUUGUCCGCCGCAAAAUCCGGACGAGCAGGAAGGGUUCUGUGUGAUGAUAGCAGUGGUGGCAAUAGUGUGGCCAUGGGGUGGUGUGCACCGGUGGUGGUGCACAGCAGUCCCGUUACAAUGGGAUGGCGAUGGGUGCUAGCAGUGGGGGCGGCAACAGUGGGCAUAGUAUGUGGUGUACAGCUGGGGCAACUGAUGAUCAUGCUGGUGACUUUUGAGGCCCUACAAAAGAUGCUACCAGUGGGGGUGGCAACGCAUCCUCGUGCCGCGCCAUCAUGUCGCGCUGCUACUGGCUCAAUAGAAUGUCGCCCAUCGCAGCGUCCGUCGCCGGCGGCAAACAUCAUCAAUAGACUGUCGCCUUCGCCUUUGCCAGCUACUUUAACUUUUGAGUCGACUCAAAAGCCUUUGCCAGCUACUCUAACCCUGCGCUCUCCGCCGAUCUUUCGCCAUGAAGGAUUUCGGCGAUCCACACACACGCUGCUGUUCGCGUCGAAGCGCGAGAGCUUGUGGCGGAGCCGUAACAUGGCGGGAGAGGCGGUGGACGCGGUUCAAGAGCUGAAACUGGCCGCCGUGCUUGAUGCUCGAGACGAGCAGCGCCGGUGGGAGGAGGAGGAAGAGGAGGAGGAGGAAGAGGAGGAGGAGGAAAUGGGGGAAUUGGAAGAGAGCGAGGAGGAAGAGAUGGUUGGUUUGACCAGCCGCGCUGAUACCUCACCCCACGCAGGGAGCGCGGGCGCGGGCGCGGGCGCGGGGAAGCGGUGGGUGUGCGGGCCGCGCGUGGAGGCGGUGAUGCGCAGCAAGGUAGCGCGGCUGGUGAAGCCGGACAUGCUGCUGGCCCUGCAGGAGCUGCAGCGCCAGCAGCAGUGGCGCCUGGCCGCGCGGGGUUUUGGUGUAUGUAGGGAGGGUUUUUUCAGCGCAAGCUUUUACAUAGUGAGCUCUCGUUGUGGGUCCAUAUUACAUCUUCUCUCCAUGUGCUCGUUCCUCCAUGUGCUCGUUCCUCCAUGUGCUCGUUCCUCCAUGUGCUCGUUCCUCCAUGUGCUCGUUCCUCCAUGUGCUCGUUCCUCCAUGUGCUCGUUCCUCCAUGUGCUCGUUCCUCCAUGUGCUCGUUCCUCCAUGUGCUCGUUCCUCCAUGUGCUCGGUCCUCCUGUGCUCGUCCUCCAUGUGCUCGUUCCUCCAUGUGCUCGUUCCUCCAUGUGCUCGUUCCUCCAUGUGCUCGUUCCUCCAUGUGCUCGUUCCUCCAUGUGCUCGUUCCUCCAUGUGCUCAGUUCCUCCUGUGCUCGUUCCUCCAUGUGCUCGUUCCUCCAUGUGCUCGUUCCUCCAUGUGCUCGUUCCUCCAUGUGCUCGUUCCUCCAUGUGCUCGUUCCUCCAUGUGCUCGUUUCCUCCAUGUGCUCGUUCCUCCAGGUGCUCGUUCCUCCAUGUGCUCGUUCCUCCAUGUGCUCGUUCCUCCAUGUGCUCGUUCCUCCAUGUGCUCGUUCCUCCAUGUGCUCGUUCCUCCAUGUGCUCGUUCCUCCAUGUGCUCGUUCCUCCAUGUGCUCGUUCCUCCAUGUGCCUCGUUCCUCCAUGUGCUCGUUCCUCCAUGUGCUCGUUCCUCCAUGUGCUCGUUCCUCCAUGUGCUCGUUCCUCCAUGUGCUCGUUCCUCCAUGUGCUCGUUCCUCCAUGUGCUCGUUCCUCCAUGUGCUCGUUCCUCCAUGUGCUCGUUCCUCCAUGUGCUCGUUCCUCCAUGUGCUCGUUCCUCCAUGUGCUCGUUCCUCCAUGUGCUCGUUCCUCCAUGUGCUCGUUCCUCCAUGUGCUCGUUCCUCCAUGUGCUCGUUCCUCCAUGUGCUCGUUCCUCCAUGUGCUCGUUCCUCCAUGUGCUCGUUCCUCCAUGUGCUCGUUCCUCCAUGUGCUCGUUCCUCCAUGUGCUCGUUCCUCCAUGUGCUCGUUCCUCCAUGUGCUCGUUCCUCCAUGUGCUCGUUCCUCCAUGUGCUCGUUCCUCCAUGUGCUCGUUCCUCCAUGUGCUCGUUCCUCCAUGUGCUCGUUCCUCCAUGUGCUCGUUCCUCCAUGUGCUCGUUCCUCCAUGUGCUCGUUCCUCCAUGUGCUCGUUCCUCCAUGUGCUCGUUCCUCCAUGUGCUCGUUCCUCCAUGUGCUCGUUCCUCCAUGUGCUCGUUCCUCCAUGUGCUCGUUCCUCCAUGUGCUCGUUCCUCCAUGUGCUCGUUCCUCCAUGUGCUCGUUCCUCCAUGUGCUCGUUCCUCCAUGUGCUCGUUCCUCCAUGUGCUCGUUCCUCCAUGUGCUCGUUCCUCCAUGUGCUCGUUCCUCCAUGUGCUCGUUCCUCCAUGUGCUCGUUCCUCCAUGUGCUCGUUCCUCCAUGUGCUCGUUCCUCCAUGUGCUCGUUCCUCCAUGUGCUCGUUCCUCCAUGUGCUCGUUCCUCCAUGUGCUCGUUCCUCCAUGUGCUCGUUCCUCCAUGUGCUCGUUCCUCCAUGUGCUCGUUCCUCCAUGUGCUCGUUCCUCCAUGUGCUCGUUCCUCCAUGUGCUCGUUCCUCCAUGUGCUCGUUCCUCCAUGUGCUCGUUCCUCCAUGUGCUCGUUCCUCCAUGUGCUCGUGCCUCCAUGUGCUCCGUUCCUCCAUGUGCUCGUUCCUCCAUGUGCUCGUUCCUCCAUGUGCUCGUUCCUCCAUGUGCUCGUUCCUCCAUGUGCUCGUUCCUCCAUGUGCUCGUUCCUCCAUGUGCUCGUUCCUCCAUGUGCUCGUUCCUCAUGUGCUCGUUCCUCCAUGUGCUCGUUCCUCCAUGUGCUCGUUCCUCCAUGUGCUCGUUCCUCCAUGUGCUCGUUCCUCCAUGUGCUCGUUCCUCCAUGUGCUCGUUCCUCCAGUGUGCUCGUUCCUCCAUGUGCUCGUUCCUCCAUGUGCUCGUUCCUCCAUGUGCUCGUUCCUCCAUGUGCUCGUUCCUCCAUGUGCUCGUUCCUCAUGUGCUCGUUCCCUCCAUGUGCUCGUUCCUCCAUGUGCUCGUUCCUCCAUGUGCUCGUUCCUCCAUGUGCUCGUUCCUCCAUGUGCUCGUUCCUCCAUGUGCUCGUUCCUCCAUGUGCUCGUUCCUCCAUGUGCUCGUUCCUCCAUGUGCUCGUUCCUCCAUGUGCUCGUUCCUCCAUGUGCUCGUUCCUCCAUUGCUCGUUCCUCCAUGUGCUCGUUCCUCCAUGUGCUCGUUCCUCCAUGUGCUCGUUCCUGCCAUGUGCUCGGUCCUCCAUGUGCUCGUUCCUCCAUGUGCUCGUUCCUGCCAUGUGCUCCGUUUCUCCUCCAUGUGCUCGUUUCGCUCAUGUGCUCGUUCCGCCAUGUGCUCGUUCCUCCAUGUGCUCGUUCCUCAAUGUGCUCCGUUUCCCUCGUUCCAUGUGCUCGUUCCUCCAUGGUGCUCGUUCCUCCAUGUGCUCGUUCCUCCAUGUGCUGCGUUCCUCCAUGUGCUCGUUCCUCAUGGUGCUCGUUCCUCAUGUGCUCGUUCCUCAAUGUGCUCGUUCCUCAGGGUGCUCGUUCCUCCAUGUGCUCGUUCCUCCAUGUGCUCGUUCCUCUACAUGUGCUCGUUUACUCAUGUGCUCGUUCCUCAUGUGCUCGUUCCUCCAUGUGCUCGUUCCUCCAUGUGUGCUCGUUCCUCCAUGUGCUUGCUCGUUCCUCCAUGUGCUCGUUCCUCCAUGUGCUCGUUCCUCCAUGUGCUCGUUCCUCCAUGUGCUCGUUCCUCCAUGUGCUCGUUCCUCCAUGUGCUCGUUCCUCCAUGUGCUCGUUCCUCCAUGUGCUCGUUCCUCCAUGUGCUCGUUCCUCCAUGUGCUCGUUCCUCCAUGUGCUCGUUCCUCCAUGUGCUCGUUCCUCCAUGUGCUCGUUCCUGCCAUGUGCUCGUCCUCCAUGUGCUCGUUCCUCCAUGUGCUCGUUCCUCCAUGUGCUCGUUCCUCCAUGUGCUCGUUCUCCAUGUGCUCGUUCCUCCAUGUGCUCGUUCCUCCAUGUGCUCGUUCCUCCAUGUGCUCGUUCCUCCAUGUGCUCGUUCCUCCAUGUGCUCGUUCCUCCAUGUGCUCGUUCCUCCAUGUGCUCGUUCCUCCAUGUGCUCGUUCCUCCAUGUGCUCGUUCCUCCAUGUGCUCGUUCCUCAUGUGCUCGUUCCUCCAUGUGCUCGUUCCUCCAUGUGCUCGUUCCUCCAUGUGCUCGUUCCUCCAUGUGCUCGUUCCUCCAUGUGCUCGUUCCUCCAUGUGCUCGUUCCUCCAUGUGCUCGUUCCUCCAUGUGCUCGUUCCUCCAUGUGCUCGUUCCUCCAUGUGCUCGUUCCUCCAUGUGCUCGUUCCUCCAUGUGCUCGUUCCUCCAUGUGCUCGUUCCUCCAUGUGCUCGUUUCCUCCAUGUGCUCGUUCCUCCAUGUGCUCGUUCCUCCAUGUGCUCGUUCCUCCAUGUGCUCGUUCCUCCAUGUGCUCGUUCCUCCAUGGCUCGUUCCUCCAUGUGCUCGUUCCUCCAUGUGCUCGUUCCUCCAUGUGCUCGUUCCUCCAUGUGCUCGUUCCUCCAUGUGCUCGUUCCUCCAUGUGCUCGUUCCUCCAUGUGCUCGUUCCUCCAUGUGCCGUUCCUCAUGUGCUCGUUCCUCCAUGUGCUCGUUCCUCCAUGUGCUCGUUCCUCCAUGUGCUCGUUCCUCCAUGUGCUCGUUCCUCCAUGUGCUCGUUCCUCAUGUGCUCGUUCCUCCAUGUGCUCGUUCCUCCAUGUGCUCGUUCCUCCAUGUGCUCGUUCCUCCAUGUGCUCGUUCCUCCAUGUGCUCGUUCCUCAUGUGCUCGUUCCUCCAUGUGCUCGUUCCUCCAUGUGCUCGUCCUCCAUGUGCUCGUUCCUCCAUGUGCUCGUUCCUCCAUGUGCUCGUUCCUCCAUGUGCUGUUCCUCCAUGUGCUGUUCUCAUGUGCUCGUUCUCCAUGUGCUCGUUCCUCCAUGUGCUCGUUCGUUCCUCCAUGUGCUCGUUCCUCCAUGGUGAGCGGUCCUCCAUGUGCUCGUUCCUCCAUGUGCUCGGUUCCGUCCUCAUGUGCUCGUUCCUCCAUGUGCUCGUUCUCCAUGUGCUCGUUCCUCCAUGUGCUCGUUCCUCCAUGUGCUCGUUCCUCCAUGUGCUCGUUCCUCCAUGUGCUCGUUCCUCCAUGUGCGCGUUCCUCCAUGUGCGUCGUUCCUCCAUGUGCUCGUUCCCUCCAUGUGCUCGUUCCUCCAUGUGCUCGUUCCUCCAUGUGCUCGUUCCUCCAUGUGCUCCGUCUCCUCCAUGUGCUCGUUCCUCCAUGUGCUCGUUCCUCCAUGUGCUCGUUCCUCAUGUGCUCUUUCCAUACUGCGCUCGUUCCUCCAUGUGCUCGUUCCUUCCCAUGUGCUCGUUCCUCCAGUGUGCUCGUUCCUCCAUGUGCUCGUUCCUCCAUGUGCUCGUUCCUCCAUGUGCUCGUUCCUCCAUGUGCUCGUUUCCUCCAAUGUGCGCGUUCCUCCAUGUGCUCGUUCCUCCAUGUGCUCGUUCUCCAUGUGCUCGUUCCUCCAUGUGCUCGUUCCUCCAUGUGCUCGUUCCUCCAUGUGCUCGUUCCUCCAUGUGCUCGUUCCUCCAUGUGCUCGUUCCUCCAUGUGCUCGUUCCUCCAUGUGCUCGUUCCUCCAUGUGCUCGUUCCUCCAUGUGCUCGUUCCUCCAUGUGCUCGUUCCUCCAUGUGCUCGUUCCUCCAUGUGCUCGGUUCUCCAUGUGCUCGUUCCUCCAUGUGCUCGUUCCUCCAUGUGCUCGUUCCUCCAUGUGCUCGUUCCUCCAUGUGCUCGUUCCUCCAUGUGCUCGUUCCUCCAUGUGCUCGUUCCUCCAUGUGCUCGUUCCUCCAUGUGCUCGUUCCUCCAUGUGCUCGUUCCUCCAUGUGCUCGUUCCUCCAUGUGCUCGUUCCUCCAUGUGCUCGUUCCUCCAUGGUGCUCCGUUCCUCCAUGUGCUCGUUCCUCCAUGUGCUCGUUCCUCCAUGUGCUCGUUCCUCCAUGUGCUCGUUCCUCCAUGUGCUCGUUCCUCCAUGUGCUCGUUCCUCCAUGUGCUCGUUCCUCCAUGUGCUCGUUCCUCCAUGUGCUCGUUCCUCCAUGUGCUCGUUCCUCCAUGUGCUCGUUCCUCCAUGUGCUCGUUCCUCCAUGUGCUCGUUCCUCCAUGUGCUCGUUCCUCCAUGUGCUCGUUCCUCCAUGUGCUCGUUCCUCCAUGUGCUCGUUCCUCCAUGUGCUCGUUCCUCCAUGUGCUCGUUCCUCCAUGUGCUCGUUCCUCCAUGUGCUCGUUCCUCCAUGUGCUCGUUCCUCCAUGUGCUCGUUCCUCCAUGUGCUCGUUCCUCCAUGUGCUCGUUCCUCCAUGUGCUUCGUUCCUCCAUGUGCUCGUUCCUCCAUGUGCUCGUUCCUCCAUGUGCUCGUUCCAUGUGCUCGUCCUCAUGUGCUCGUUCCUCCAUGUGCUCGUUCCUCCAUGUGCUCGUUCCUCCAUGUGCUCGUUCCUCCAUGUGCUCGUUCCUCCAUGUGCUCGUUCCUCCAUGUGCUCGUUCCUCCAUGUGCUCGUUCCUCAUGUGCUCGUUCCUCCAUGUGCUCGUUCCUCCAUGUGCUCGUUCCUCCAUGUGCUCGUUCCUCCAUGUGCUCGUUCCUCCAUGUGCUCGUUCCUCCAUGUGCUCGUUCCUCCAUGUGCUCGUUCCUCCAUGUGCUCGUUCCUCCAUGUGCUCGUUCCUCCAUGUGCUCGUUCCUCCAUGUGCUCGUUCCUCCAUGUGCUCGUGCCUCCAUGUGCUCGUUCCUCCAUGUGCUCGUUCCUCCAUGUGCUCGUUCCUCCAUGUGCUCGUUCCUCCAUGUGCUCGUUCCUCCAUGUGCUCGUUCCUCCAUGUGCUCGUUCCUCCAUGUGCUCGUUCCUCCAUGUGGCUCGUUCCUCCAUGUGCUCGUUCCUCUCAAUGUGCUCGUUCCUCCAUGUGCUCGUUCCUCAUUGCUCGUUCCUCCAUGUGCUCGUUCCUCCAUGUGCUCGUUCCUCCAUGUGCUCGUUCCUCCAUGUGCUCGUUCCUCCAUGUGCUCGUUUCCUCCAUGUGCUCGUUCCUCCAUGUGCUCGUUCCUCCAUGUGCUCGUUCCUCCAUGCUCGUUCCUCCAUGUGCUCGUUCCUCCAUGUGCUCGUUCCUCCAUGUGCUCGUUCCUCCAUGUGCUCGUUCCUCCAUGUGCUCGUUCCUCCAUGUGCUCGUUCCUCCAUGUGCUCGUUCCUCCAUGUGCUCGUUCCUCCAUGUGCUCGUUCCUCCAUGUGCUCGUUCCUCCAUGUGCUCGUUCCUCCAUGUGCUCGUUCCUCCAUGUGCUCGUUCCUCCAUGUGCUCGUUCCUCCAUGUGCUCGUUCCUCCAUGUGCUCGUUCCUCCAUGUGCUCGUUCCUCCAUGUGCUCGUUCCUCCAUGUGCUCGUUCCUCCAUGUGCUCGUUCCUCCAUGUGCUCGUUCCUCCAUGUGCUCGUUCCUCCAUGUGCUCGUUCCUCCAUGUGCUCGUUCCUCCAUGUGCUCGUUCCUCCAUGUGCUCGUUCCUCCAUGUGCUCGUUCCUCCAUGUGCUCGUUCCUCCAUGUGCUCGUUCCUCCAUGUGCUCGUUCCUCCAUGUGCUCGUUCCUCCAUGUGCUCGUUCCUCCAUGUGCUCGUUCCUCCAUGUGCUCGUUCCUCCAUGUGCUCGUUCCUCCAUGUGCUCGUUCCUCCAUGUGCUCGUUCCUCCAUGUGCUCGUUCCUCCAUGUGCUCGUUCCUCCAUGUGCUCGUUCCUCCAUGUGCUCGUUCCUCCAUGUGCUCGUUCCUCCAUGUGCUCGUUCCUCCAUGUGCUCGUUCCUCCAUGUGCUCGUUCCUCCAUGUGCUCGUUCCUCCAUGUGCUCGUUCCUCCAUGUGCUCGUUCCUCCAUGUGCUCGUUCCUCCAUGUGCUCGUUCCUCCAUGUGCUCGUUCCUCCAUGUGCUCGUUCCUCCAUGUGCUCGUUCCUCCAUGUGCUCGUUCCUCCAUGUGCUCGUUCCUCCAUGUGCUCGUUCCUCCAUGUGCUCGUUCCUCCAUGUGCUCGUUCCUCCAUGUGCUCGUUCCUCCAUGUGCUCGUUCCUCCAUGUGCUCGUUCCUCCAUGUGCUCGUUCCUCCAUGUGCUCGUUCCUCCAUGUGCUCGUUCCUCCAUGUGCUCGUUCCUCCAUGUGCUCGUUCCUCCAUGUGCUCGUUCCUCCAUGUGCUCGUUCCUCCAUGUGCUCGUUCCUCCAUGUGCUCGUUCCUCCAUGUGCUCGUUCCUCCAUGUGCUCGUUCCUCCAUGUGCUCGUUCCUCCAUGUGCUCGUUCCUCCAUGUGCUCGUUCCUCCAUGUGCUCGUUCCUCCAUGUGCUCGUUCCUCCAUGUGCUCGUUCCUCCAUGUGCUCGUUCCUCCAUGUGCUCGUUCCUCCAUGUGCUCGUUCCUCCAUGUGCUCGUUCCUCCAUGUGCUCGUUCCUCCAUGUGCUCGUUCCUCCAUGUGCUCGUUCCUCCAUGUGCUCGUUCCUCCAUGUGCUCGUUCCUCCAUGUGCUCGUUCCUCCAUGUGCUCGUUCCUCCAUGUGCUCGUUCCUCCAUGUGCUCGUUCCUCCAUGUGCUCGUUCCUCCAUGUGCUCGUUCCUCCAUGUGCUCGUUCCUCCAUGUGCUCGUUCCUCCAUGUGCUCGUUCCUCCAUGUGCUCGUUCCUCCAUGUGCUCGUUCCUCCAUGUGCUCGUUCCUCCAUGUGCUCGUUCCUCCAUGUGCUCGUUCCUCCAUGUGCUCGUUCCUCCAUGUGCUCGUUCCUCCAUGUGCUCGUUCCUCCAUGUGCUCGUUCCUCCAUGUGCUCGUUCCUCCAUGUGCUCGUUCCUCCAUGUGCUCGUUCCUCCAUGUGCUCGUUCCUCCAUGUGCUCGUUCCUCCAUGUGCUCGUUCCUCCAUGUGCUCGUUCCUCCAUGUGCUCGUUCCUCCAUGUGCUCGUUCCUCCAUGUGCUCGUUCCUCCAUGUGCUCGUUCCUCCAUGUGCUCGUUCCUCCAUGUGCUCGUUCCUCCAUGUGCUCGUUCCUCCAUGUGCUCGUUCCUCCAUGUGCUCGUUCCUCCAUGUGCUCGUUCCUCCAUGUGCUCGUUCCUCCAUGUGCUCGUUCCUCCAUGUGCUCGUUCCUCCAUGUGCUCGUUCCUCCAUGUGCUCGUUCCUCCAUGUGCUCGUUCCUCCAUGUGCUCGUUCCUCCAUGUGCUCGUUCCUCCAUGUGCUCGUUCCUCCAUGUGCUCGUUCCUCCAUGUGCUCGUUCCUCCAUGUGCUCGUUCCUCCAUGUGCUCGUUCCUCCAUGUGCUCGUUCCUCCAUGUGCUCGUUCCUCCAUGUGCUCGUUCCUCCAUGUGCUCGUUCCUCCAUGUGCUCGUUCCUCCAUGUGCUCGUUCCUCCAUGUGCUCGUUCCUCCAUGUGCUCGUUCCUCCAUGUGCUCGUUCCUCCAUGUGCUCGUUCCUCCAUGUGCUCGUUCCUCCAUGUGCUCGUUCCUCCAUGUGCUCGUUCCUCCAUGUGCUCGUUCCUCCAUGUGCUCGUUCCUCCAUGUGCUCGUUCCUCCAUGUGCUCGUUCCUCCAUGUGCUCGUUCCUCCAUGUGCUCGUUCCUCCAUGUGCUCGUUCCUCCAUGUGCUCGUUCCUCCAUGUGCUCGUUCCUCCAUGUGCUCGUUCCUCCAUGUGCUCGUUCCUCCAUGUGCUCGUUCCUCCAUGUGCUCGUUCCUCCAUGUGCUCGUUCCUCCAUGUGCUCGUUCCUCCAUGUGCUCGUUCCUCCAUGUGCUCGUUCCUCCAUGUGCUCGUUCCUCCAUGUGCUCGUUCCUCCAUGUGCUCGUUCCUCCAUGUGCUCGUUCCUCCAUGUGCUCGUUCCUCCAUGUGCUCGUUCCUCCAUGUGCUCGUUCCUCCAUGUGCUCGUUCCUCCAUGUGCUCGUUCCUCCAUGUGCUCGUUCCUCCAUGUGCUCGUUCCUCCAUGUGCUCGUUCCUCCAUGUGCUCGUUCCUCCAUGUGCUCGUUCCUCCAUGUGCUCGUUCCUCCAUGUGCUCGUUCCUCCAUGUGCUCGUUCCUCCAUGUGCUCGUUCCUCCAUGUGCUCGUUCCUCCAUGUGCUCGUUCCUCCAUGUGCUCGUUCCUCCAUGUGCUCGUUCCUCCAUGUGCUCGUUCCUCCAUGUGCUCGUUCCUCCAUGUGCUCGUUCCUCCAUGUGCUCGUUCCUCCAUGUGCUCGUUCCUCCAUGUGCUCGUUCCUCCAUGUGCUCGUUCCUCCAUGUGCUCGUUCCUCAUGUGCUCGUUCCUCCAUGUGCUCGUUCCUCCAUGUGCUCGUUCCUCCAUGUGCUCGUUCCUCCAUGUGCUCGUUCCUCCAUGUGCUCGUUCCUCCAUGUGCUCGUUCCUCCAUGUGCUCGUUCCUCCAUGUGCUCGUUCCUCCAUGUGCUCGUUCCUCCAUGUGCUCGUUCCUCCAUGUGCUCGUUCCUCCAUGUGCUCGUUCCUCCAUGUGCUCGUUCCUCCAUGUGCUCGUUCCUCCAUGUGCUCGUUCCUCCAUGUGCUCGUUCCUCCAUGUGCUCGUUCCUCCAUGUGCUCGUUUCCUCCAUGUGCUCGUUCCUCCAUGUGCUCGUUCCUCCAUGUGCUCGUUCCUCCAUGUGCUCGUUCCUCCAUGUGCUCGUUCCUCCAUGUGCUCGUUCCUCCAUGUGCUCGUUCCUCCAUGUGCUCGUUCCUCCAUGUGCUCGUUCCUCCAUGUGCUCGUUCCUCCAUGUGCUCGUUCCUCCAUGUGCUCGUUCCUCCAUGUGCUCGUUCCUCCAUGUGCUCGUUCCUCCAUGUGCUCGUUCCUCCAUGUGCUCGUUCCUCCAUGUGCUCGUUCCUCCAUGUGCUCGUUCCUCCAUGUGCUCGUUCCUCCAUGUGCUCGUUCCUCCAUGUGCUCGUUCCUCCAUGUGCUCGUUCCUCCAUGUGCUCGUUCCUCCAUGUGCUCGUUCCUCCAUGUGCUCGUUCCUCCAUGUGCUCGUUCCUCCAUGUGCUCGUUCCUCCAUGUGCUCGUUCCUCCAUGUGCUCGUUCCUCCAUGUGCUCGUUCCUCCAUGUGCUCGUUCCUCCAUGUGCUCGUUCCUCCAUGUGCUCGUUCCUCCAUGUGCUCGUUCCUCCAUGUGCUCGUUCCUCCAUGUGCUCGUUCCUCCAUGUGCUCGUUCCUCCAUGUGCUCGUUCCUCCAUGUGCUCGUUCCUCCAUGUGCUCGUUCCUCCAUGUGCUCGUUCCUCCAUGUGCUCGUUCCUCCAUGUGCUCGUUCCUCCAUGUGCUCGUUCCUCCAUGUGCUCGUUCCUCCAUGUGCUCGUUCCUCCAUGUGCUCGUUCCUCCAUGUGCUCGUUCCUCCAUGUGCUCGUUCCUCCAUGUGCUCGUUCCUCCAUGUGCUCGUUCCUCCAUGUGCUCGUUCCUCCAUGUGCUCGUUCCUCCAUGUGCUCGUUCCUCCAUGUGCUCGUUCCUCCAUGUGCUCGUUCCUCCAUGUGCUCGUUCCUCCAUGUGCUCGUUCCUCCAUGUGCUCGUUCCUCCAUGUGCUCGUUCCUCCAUGUGCUCGUUCCUCCAUGUGCUCGUUCCUCCAUGUGCUCGUUCCUCCAUGUGCUCGUUCCUCCAUGUGCUCGUUCCUCCAUGUGCUCGUUCCUCCAUGUGCUCGUUCCUCCAUGUGCUCGUUCCUCCAUGUGCUCGUUCCUCCAUGUGCUCGUUCCUCCAUGUGCUCGUUCCUCCAUGUGCUCGUUCCUCCAUGUGCUCGUUCCUCCAUGUGCUCGUUCCUCCAUGUGCUCGUUCCUCCAUGUGCUCGUUCCUCCAUGUGCUCGUUCCUCCAUGUGCUCGUUCCUCCAUGUGCUCGUUCCUCCAUGUGCUCGUUCCUCCAUGUGCUCGUUCCUCCAUGUGCUCGUUCCUCCAUGUGCUCGUUCCUCCAUGUGCUCGUUCCUCCAUGUGCUCGUUCCUCCAUGUGCUCGUUCCUCCAUGUGCUCGUUCCUCCAUGUGCUCGUUCCUCCAUGUGCUCGUUCCUCCAUGUGCUCGUUCCUCCAUGUGCUCGUUCCUCCAUGUGCUCGUUCCUCCAUGUGCUCGUUCCUCCAUGUGCUCGUUCCUCCAUGUGCUCGUUCCUCCAUGUGCUCGUUCCUCCAUGUGCUCGUUCCUCCAUGUGCUCGUUCCUCCAUGUGCUCGUUCCUCCAUGUGCUCGUUCCUCCAUGUGCUCGUUCCUCCAUGUGCUCGUUCCUCCAUGUGCUCGUUCCUCCAUGUGCUCGUUCCUCCAUGUGCUCGUUCCUCCAUGUGCUCGUUCCUCCAUGUGCUCGUUCCUCCAUGUGCUCGUUCCUCCAUGUGCUCGUUCCUCCAUGUGCUCGUUCCUCCAUGUGCUCGUUCCUCCAUGUGCUCGUUCCUCCAUGUGCUCGUUCCUCCAUGUGCUCGUUCCUCCAUGUGCUCGUUCCUCCAUGUGCUCGUUCCUCCAUGUGCUCGUUCCUCCAUGUGCUCGUUCCUCCAUGUGCUCGUUCCUCCAUGUGCUCGUUCCUCCAUGUGCUCGUUCCUCCAUGUGCUCGUUCCUCCAUGUGCUCGUUCCUCCAUGUGCUCGUUCCUCCAUGUGCUCGUUCCUCCAUGUGCUCGUUCCUCCAUGUGCUCGUUCCUCCAUGUGCUCGUUCCUCCAUGUGCUCGUUCCUCCAUGUGCUCGUUCCUCCAUGUGCUCGUUCCUCCAUGUGCUCGUUCCUCCAUGUGCUCGUUCCUCCAUGUGCUCGUUCCUCCAUGUGCUCGUUCCUCCAUGUGCUCGUUCCUCCAUGUGCUCGUUCCUCCAUGUGCUCGUUCCUCCAUGUGCUCGUUCCUCCAUGUGCUCGUUCCUCCAUGUGCUCGUUCCUCCAUGUGCUCGUUCCUCCAUGUGCUCGUUCCUCAUGUGCUCGUUCCUCCAUGUGCUCGUUCCUCCAUGUGCUCGUUCCUCCAUGUGCUCGUUCCUCCAUGUGCUCGUUCCUCCAUGUGCUCGUUCCUCCAUGUGCUCGUUCCUCCAUGUGCUCGUUCCUCCAUGUGCUCGUUCCUCCAUGUGCUCGUUCCUCCAUGUGCUCGUCUCCAUGCGUCCUCAUGUGCUCGUUCCUCCAUGUGCUCGUUCCUCCAUGUGCUCGUUCCUCCAUGUGCUCGUUCCUCCAUGUGCUCGUUCCUCCAUGUGCUCGUUCCUCCAUGUGCUCGUUCCUCCAUGUGCUCGUUCCUCCAUGUGCUCGUUCCUCCAUGUGCUCGUUCCUCCAUGUGCUCGUUCCUCCAUGUGCUCGUUCCUCCAUGUGCUCGUUCCUCCAUGUGCUCGUUCCUCCAUGUGCUCGUUCCUCCAUGUGCUCGUUCCUCCAUGUGCUCGUUUCUCCAUGUGCCCGUCAGGUGUUUGAGCACGUGCGCAGGGAGCGCUGGUAAGGAUGAAUGCCCCCCUGCUCGCCCACCUACACUGCGCUGCUCGCCGCUCACUGCCGCUCCGUAUUGCUUUCCCACCUCCCACCCCCCAUGCCACCUGCAUUUGCAUUUCUCUCAGGUGUUUGAGCACGUGCGCACGGAGCACUGGUACAAGCCCGACGCGGACCUCUGUGCGCGCAUGAUCAACUGCCUGGGGCUGGCCGGCCGCAUCACCGACGCACAGGCGCUCUUCCGGGCCACACAAGACGAGGACGGCAUGCCCCCCUGCUCGCCCACCUACACUGCCCUGCUCGCCGCUCACUGCCGCUCCGGGGACCACAGGAGCGGCCGGGAGGUGCUGCGAAGGAUGAGGGAGGCACGGGCGGGGCCGUAUGAUGCGGCGUACAUGAUUCUGAUCAAGACGUGUGAGGCGCAGGGGGAUGCGGGGGCAGCAGCGGAGUUGAAGCAGGAGCGGGAUGUGGUACUGGCAGAGUGGGGGCAGUUGGGGCUGCCUAAACCCCCACGGCGGUCAAAGAAGAUGUAG